AACGAGACAGGAUAAAGUUGCGGAACACUGGACUUUGUUGCAGAAAAUUGAGAUAGGCUGCAACUCUGUCAAUUGUCUAACUACCAGCUCUGGUAAGGUAUCACCAUGGGAGAGAUUGAUCCAGCUUUCAUCCAGGAACCUGAACACAGACCAAAACUAAGAAGCAUCGAAGUCAAUGAAAUCCCAGUAAUCGACCUGUCUGUUUAUAACACUGGAGACACCAAACAAAUUGCUUCAGAGAUUGGAAAUGCUUGCAAAAAAUGGGGAUUUUUUCAGGUGAUCAAUCAUGGGGUGCCCUUGGAACUGCGCUGCAGGGUUGAGAAGGUGGCUAAAGCGUUCUUUGAUCUGCCCAUAGAGGAAAAGAGAAAGGUUAAACGAGAUGAAUUGAAUUUUACGGGGUACCAUGAUGAGGAGCAUACCAAGAAUGUCAGAGACUGGAAGGAGGUCUUUGAUAUGUUGAUCCAGGACCCAACGCUGCUCCCAGCAUCGCCAGAGCCUGAUGAUGAGGAAAUAACGACGUAUACUAACAGGUGGCCUGAGUAUCCCCCUGAGUUUAGGGAGACAUGCCAGGAGUAUGCUCGAGAGGUGGAAAAACUAGCUUUCAAGUUGUUGGAACUCAUCUCUCUGAGCUUAGGCUCGCCUGCUAAUCGGUUGGGUGACUACUUCAAACACCAGACUGGUAUGCUGAGGCUUAAUUACUAUCCUCCUUGCCCUUCCCCUGAGCUAGCACUUGGAGUUGGUCGACAUAGGGAUGGAGGUGCCUUGACCGUCCUUGCUCAGGAUGACGUCGGAGGGUUACAGAUUAAGGAGCAGUCAAGUGGGGAGUGGAUUCCUGUUAAACCAAUACCAAAUGCCUAUAUCAUCAACAUUGCUGAUAGUCUUCAGGUUUGGAGUAAUGAUCUUUAUGUGAGUGCAGAGCACAGAGUGGUGGUGAAUUCCGAAAGGGAAAGAUUUUCUAUUCCAUUCUUCUUCUUCCCUUCUCACUAUGUCACAGUGAAGCCUCUAGAGGAGCUAGUGAAUGAGCAAAAUCCAGCAAAGUAUGAAGAGUAUAACUGGGGAAAAUAUUAUGUCAAUAGAACCGGCAGUAACUAUAAGAAACUUGAAGCUGAAAACAUUCAAAUUCAUCAUUUCAAGAGGUCUGAUUGAUUGCCGCAGUAUCAGCUACUACCAGCACUUGUUUUCAUAUCAGCUCAUGGCAUAAUCAACAGAGACUUUGUAUCAUAUAUACACUAAAACAUCCUUUACUAUGUUUUAGCUACAAGACCCUAAGACUUAAAUUAAAUCAGCAAUCCUGCAGGGAGCAUCAUGGAUCAUUUUCAUAUUAUUUAAUGAAUCGAUGUCAUUUUAUGAAGGACUUGGAAGGAUUCUUAAUCCUUUCAUUUACGGGUUUCUUCUCAACCAAA